AUGCGCGAGGUAGAAUACGACGACGUGACUGCGUUGCACAAUAUUGUGAUCGAAGCCGCAGCUCCCAGGGGGUCGUCGCGGUCGAAGUCCAGUGUGGUCUGCCAGAGAGUGCUCGAAUACGCCGCUGUGGCCGUCGCAUUCGCGGUCUUUCAAUGGUGGAUGGGUAGACACGGCUACUGGGGCAACGUAAAGGGAUCUGUCCAGCGUAACGGGACCGCAGCCAGUGGCGUCGCCGAGGCCCCGGUGGCCGACGGUCUGUACGAAGCGCUGACCACAGAGGCCCCGGGCCUCUUGGAGAAGUUGACGGCCAAUUUUACGGCAGCAGCAGAGACCAUGAUUAACAACGUAACGGCGAUACAUAACCUUACGGAGGCGGGGAGCUUAAGGCCGAGCACUAACUUGACCACGGCGAAGGCAGCGAGCAAAUUUGCGACGGAGGCUAUUACCAAUGCAGUGACGACAGCCCGCAAGGAGUUGAGUACGACAACAGCAGAGAACAUCAUUAACAGCGUGACGGCUAUACGUGGCCGUAGGGCGGUCGCGAGCAUUAAGCCGACCACUAAGUUUGCGACGACAGCGACUACUACCGGGGCAAUGACGACAGCCCGCAAGAAGUUGAGGAUACCAAAUGACCGCCCUGAUUGGCACAUAGGCGAAGUUGUACCUGAUUCUUUGAUAUACAAGGAGGGUGUGUACGUGGAUUCCAGGACGGGAACUGACUUGUUCGGAUGUCGCCCGAACAAAUAUGCGUGCGAGCGCAUGAGGACCCCCUUGGCGGGAGACGUGAUGGUUGACGUUGCGUCACUUGAUUUAUACCCCCACUAUCCAAUUUGUGGUGGCCGUGAAUUCGGCAUCCUGGCGUGUGAAAACUUGGGAGUACGCAACCUCCAGUGUUUUUGGUUCAAGUCGGACGCGCCAGGCGGCGACCGACGGCACCUGACAACCUUGUGGAAUAUGUUGCGCCGAAUGUUUGUUAUGCCGGGUGAUCAACAAUGUUCGUUGCGAUCAUCCGGACAAAAUGUCGGAGGAGGAGAACUACUACUACGGUGA